GCCUUAACCACUCGGCCACGACUGCGACGAGAGUUUAACUCUUCGCGGUGCAUUAUAAAGGCACGGAGAGAAAUAAGAGGCUUCGUUAUGGGUGUUGUCAAAUUUUGGUAUAAAUGAAAAGUCGCUCUACCGCACCUUCACUUCGCCUUGAAUCUCAUACGUAUGCGAGCACUCGGUGAUCGCUGACGUAGUACAACACCCUCUUCUUAGCGGGUCCGACAAGGGACAUUUUCUGCUUGCAGAGCAAAGCCACCACAGUACGCUCUUUCAGCAACAGCGGCGUCAUCGAUGGCCCUUGUCAAUGCCUACUCUAGUAAAGGAGGCAUUGCCCUUGUUUACGUUCACCUUCCGCCGUGCAGCGUUUGCAAAAUGCAAUCGCUCGGGCUCGCGAGGUUGCUGUUCAUCAUAAAGGACGCCGUGGGUGACAGACCUGCCAGCACCUGACUGACCCGAGCACUUCGGUACCCUUUGAACAGAUCGCCUUCCGCGCUUUCUUUUCCGCAAUCACAGAAAAAUACCAUGUCUCUGACUCAAAGUUUUCGAUAUUUGCUGCGCGCGCGAAAGUUCAUUUGUUUCGCAGUGUGAAUUGGUGAAAUAAAAUUCCAAGCUUCCGUCGCACCCGUCGCAACUGAUUUUAUUUGAUAUCCCUUUAAAUAGUAUGUUGCAUAUUGUAUGCCCACCGCAAAGGCAUUGACCAGGAAUCGGAUUAUAUUGAAAAAAAGCGACGUUAUGUUCGAAUAGCGGUGCUUGUUGUCAUUCUACAGGUGAAGUGAACGUGAAUGGGAUGUUUCGCUCCUGCAGCCCGACUUAUCGGGACGUCGUCAGUACGUGCUCAUAAAUUUGAGGAUGAUGUUGUUGGUAUUGUUGACGUCUUGGCUAAUGCAUCGUCUUCUUCAUUGCACGUACCAAUGCAAAGGAGGCAUUGGCACGUACCCACGAGGGAGGGAUGGGCCAUGGUACGCAAUGGAAACAUAUGAAGUCCUUGCUUCCUAGCUGUCAACUUAUUGGCAGUACUACCUGUAUUAACUUAAUAGUGAUGAAAAAUUAUUUUAUUUUGUUUUCUUUUCUUGAAAAGUGACUAUCGACUUAACCACAAGCACGCGAGGAAAAAGAAGAAGCUUGCCAAUCGCCAUAACGGCCUUUUGCCACUUCUUGAACAACGGUCUCGAGUGGCACACGGCCUGAGGCACGCGCUACGUAUCUAUAUUUUGCCGUUUACGAAUUCUAAAAAAGAGCUCCGUGUUGAGUGUCCUUUGCGGCCAGGGUGCUCAAACCGGAGCUACGCCUUGGUCCCAACAACGAUGCUCGAUGAGGUCAAUCCAGACAAGAUCAUCACUCCGCUGGAUACAUUAGCAGAGCUCUUCAGCUUCAAGAGGCCGCCACUGUGUGCCGUGCAGCCGCUAAGGAACAUAAAACGGGGCAGACCAGAGGACCCAAAGACCCUUUUGCGCCAUGACUUGAUGGGCGGCUACCAGGAAGACAGGUUCAUCCAUGGUUGUGCCAAACCCAUGAGCUACCAGUUUCACCACUGGCAAGUAAUUGACAGCUUCGUCUACUAUUCACACCACAUGGUUACAAUCCCACCUCCCGGCUGGAUAUCGGCUGCUCACAGGCACGGCGUCAAAGUUUUGGGAACCUUCAUUAUUGAGUCGGAUGAGGGCACAGAAGUUCUCGAUACGAUCAGACGUGACAACCUCCUGUCAAAAGUGGCAUCUCAACUGGCUCUCAUCGCAGCUCUCUCCCGUUUUGAUGGAUGGUUUAUAGACAUUGAGAGCGAGAUGGAAAAGUGCCAUGUUGGAUUCCUGAAGGAGUUGCUUCUCGCCAUCACCACUGAGACGCACCGGUCCGUGCCCGAAUCGCUGGUCAUCUGGUAUGACAGCGUCGUGCAUGACGGAACGCUGGACUGGCAGAACGAGCUCAAUGAAAGAAACUGCGACUUCUUCAACCUUUGCGACGGAAUAUUUCUCAACUCUCACUGGACCGAGGACAUGCUCCAACAGUCGGCGUCCUUUGCCGGGGAUCGCAAGAGUGAUGUCUAUGUCGGCAUUGAUGUCUACGCACGAAACACAAGUUACCGCGCUGGCUUCAAUACGUACGAGGCGAUCGAGACAGUGCGUAAGCUCGGCUUGUCGGCAGCCAUCUUUGGCGCUGGUUGGACAUACGAGGCUCAAGACAAGCGGAGGUUUAUACCAAACCAGUGCCGGCUGUGGAGCUUCCCCGACCACUGCUGCCCCGAAUGGCGCCUCAGAACGCCACCCAUCUCGACCACUUUCUGCCAGGGUUUUGGUGACAGCCUCUACAAGGAAGGGCAGGUAGUGUCAAGGCAACCGUGGUUCGACCUGUCCAAACAGCAGCUGCAGCCGCGUGACCAGAACACUUGGCUGUACAAAGGAUGCGGGUCGGCCCAUAUCUAUACAGAGGACGCGUACAAUGGAGGUGGCUGCCUUCGGCUUCGCUUCUUGCCCGACCCAGAACAGCCCGAGGCCGUGCCUUACUUUAGAUUGUUUGGCUGCGACUUCCCGCUGGGCCGUUUGACGGUGAGUUACACAUUCAAGCAGCAGAAGCCCUGCAGCACAAUGGAGAAUGACAUUGUGCUGGUCUUGAAAGCGAGAACAGCUGCGGGUGAGAGAGAGGAACUCCUGCUGGGCGUCACAGUCACCAUGCCUAACGAGGAAUGUUAUGCUGUGGUUCACGACAUGUCUUUGUCCAGCCCCAACAACAGCCCAGAUGUUUCUGGGAACAGUUGGAUAACCAGGAAAUACAACAUUGAGGACCUGAGGACCUCUGACUACGCCAUUCUGGAAGAGAUAGGCUUUUCAUUUGUCUCGCCGCAAGCAAACAUUUGCCUCUUGGGUGAGCUCGUGGUAGACCGGCCAGAAAAGAAGAGCAGUGAUCAGGCAGCAGCUACAAGCAACAACGGAAAUGAGGCUUCUGACGACUCCGGUCCCGAUGCAGCAAUGUGUAGCGAUGGAGACGAUUCCGAAGAGCCAGAGAAACAGCCGCUGCAAGCCGAAGACAGCACAACAUCAUGAUAGAAGCUAUGCUGGCAUUGUAUUCGAGUUUAAAAUGUUACACUGUCGUUUUGAAUAAGCAACAGAAAGCACCUGCUUUUGUAAUGUAUAUAUAUAUUAAGUAGCAUAUAAUAAACACAUCAUUACUUGACUUAUGAAAAGAGCUCAAACUCGACGGAAGUUCACAUGAAGAUGGGAGACUCAAAGUGAUCAACAAUGGUCGAACAAGAAAAAGUUUGCAGAUCCAGCGCACAUCUUGGAAUAUUAUGUGAAGCGAAGCUUUCACGAAGCAGUUAAUAAAAUGCUAUAAAUUUGCCCAUCUCAUUCCGGCAUCUUUGGGGUGAAUAGAAAUUGGCACCGCACGCAUGUGCUCUCGUGCACCUGUGCUAUGCAUUGUGAUGCACACAGCUAUCACCUCAAAGAGCUAGUUGGCAUUGGGAUGAUACUAGAAGCAUGCGUGCGAUUGUGGCCUAAUGGUUAGAACAUUGGGCUGCUGUGCUGGAGCACC